CUCACUCCCACAGCAAAACGUUGCCGUUUUACUCCAUGUGCGCACGUUAGCAAACAAACACAAAAUUCCCCAGCGCUUUUGGGCGCGAAAGUCAUCACCAACACGAAACUCCGAAUUCAGUUUCAAUGAGAGCAGCGAUUCAACCAUUUUCUCUUCACUGUUCGAAUUCAAGCAAGUUAAUGGCGUCCGGUUCGAAUUCUUUGAUGUGGUUUCGGAAGGGAAUACGGAUUCACGACAAUCCGGCGCUUGAAUAUGCGGCCAAGGACGUCAAUUUUCUCUAUCCCGUUUUCGUAAUCGAUCCGCAUUAUAUGGAGCCUGAUCCCUCUGCGUUUUCCCCUGGAUCAUCUAGGGCUGGAUUGAACCGCAUUCGUUUCCUUCUUGAGAGUCUUGUGGACCUGGAUUUGAACCUCAAGAAGCUCGGCUCGCGCUUGUUGAUUCUACAUGGGGAGCCUGGUGAGGUAUUGAUCCGCUGCUUGGAAGAGUGGAAUGUCAACAAACUUUGCUUUGAGUAUGAUACGGAUCCUUACUAUCAAGCUUUAGAUAUCAGAGUUCAAAACCAUGCGUCAGCUGCUGGGAUUGAAGUAUUUUCUCCUGUGAGCCAUACCUUGUUCAAUCCGGCAGAUAUUAUCCAAAAGAAUGGGGGUAGUCCUCCGCUGAGUUAUCAAUCCUUCCUAAAACUUGCUGGUGAACCCUCAUGGGCACGUGCCCCUCUGUCUACCACGAUUUCUUCACUUCCUCCAGUUGGUGACACUCGAAGAUCUGAGAUUUCUGAUGUUCCAACAAUUAAAGAUCUUGGUUAUGAAGACAUGGAAAAGGAUGAAUGGACUCCUUUUAAAGGAGGUGAAACGGAAGCCUUGAAGAGGCUGGAAGAAUCAUUGAGUAACAAGGACUGGGUGGCAAAGUUUGAGAAACCCAAAGGUGAUCCAUCUGCAUUUUUAAAGCCAGCAACAACAGUCCUAUCGCCCUAUCUGAAAUUUGGAUGUCUCUCUUCCAGGUACUUCUACCAACGUGUUCAAGAAAUUUAUAAAAAUGUCAAAGGGCAUACAUCACCUCCAGUUUCCCUUGUGGGACAGCUCUUAUGGCGGGAAUUUUUCUAUACAGCAGCUUUUGGAACACCUAAUUUUGAUCAUAUGAAGGAUAAUAGAAUAUGCAAACAGAUACCUUGGAAGGAUGAUAAAGAACUCUUGGCAGCUUGGAGAGAUGCAAGGACGGGAUUUCCUUGGAUUGAUGCUAUCAUGGUUCAGCUUCGUAAAUGGGGUUGGAUGCACCACCUAGCACGACAUUGUGUUGCAUGUUUCCUAACUCGCGGAGAUCUGUUUGUUCAUUGGGAGAAAGGACGUGAUGUGUUCGAGAGGCUUCUGAUUGAUUCAGAUUGGGCCAUUAAUAAUGCAAAUUGGUUGUGGUUAUCGUGCUCAUCAUUUUUUUAUCAGUAUAAUCGUAUAUACUCUCCUGUCACAUUCGGAAAGAAGUAUGACCCGAACGGUGACUUCAUUAGGCAUUUUCUUCCAGUAUUAAAAGAUAUGCCCAAGCAGUACAUAUAUGAACCAUGGACAGCUCCUCUUAGCAUUCAAAAGAAAGCAAAAUGCAUCAUUGGUAAAGAUUACCCAAAACCAGUGGUGUCACAUGAUAUAGCUAUCAAAGAAUGCAGAAAAAAGAUGGGUGAAGCAUACGAACUAAACAAAAGAUUGAAGGGUUUGAUAAGUGAAGAAGAUUUGGAGAACUUGAAAAGAAGUUCAGAGGAGGAACAAAGUCAAAAGGUUCAAACAAAACGGAAAAGACAAACACUCAUUGACUGGAUUCAGCCACAAUAGUGCUUCUUUUCUGCUAACCCUAGGUUGUGGGAAGUUAUGGUCCAACUCCAUCUUCUUUAAUCCUUCAAGUUAACGGAGAUCAAUGGACGAUGAUUAGUAGCUUCGCACUGGACUAACUUAGAGCUUGUUUAGAUUGACUCUUUUAAGUAUUUAAAAAGUGUUGUUAAGUUUAAAAAAGUAUUUUUAAGUACUUGAUAAGUUAAUCCAAACAUGUCUUUAUUCAAAAUUUCCAUCACAGUAAAAUUAAAAUGAUUGAAAUGUGGUGGGUGUUUCUUCCCUUCUAUCUUAUUUGGAGAGUCUGUUGUAGUUUGUGU